AUGCCAUUCGCGGAGAGGUGGAACUUUAAUCCCAUUGCCUGGGCGCCCUACGCGGUGCCAUACCUCGAAGAUUGGGUCCGAAAGUUAGCUGCCACCUCCUCCUACGAUGAGCGCAAGUGGUGUGAAUUAUUGAAGGGCCAGUGGGAGGCCAAGAAUCACGGCCUCGGAGAUGCAUCUGAGAUGAGGCCGGACCCACCCGGGGAAGGGACCAAGCCCUCAGUCCCGAAGUCUGAGAAAGACAACAAAAGAAAAAGGGUUUCGAAGCCUGAAGACCCCGAAGAUAAAAAAACCCCUGCUCGAAGGCUCCGGAAGAGGUCCGCUCAAACGGGCGCAGAUUUGGCCCACUGUUCCCCGGACGAUAAAGAAAAUGACGGUGAAGAGUUGGCGUUGGUGUCUCGAGCCACGAAACCCAUCAAGGCCGCCAAUCCUUCUGAACCAGAUACCUCAUCUUGUGGUGAGGGAACUCCAAAGAAAGAUGCGGGCAAGGCCCCCGUGUCCCCGGAGGUUGAGAUCGUUCCUCCGCUUUCAACAAAUAUUCCGGAGGGGGCAAAUGCGGAGACCUCUGAAGCUAACGAGAACGCCUCGAGUGGCAAGCUCGGGGCCAUGACAAAAGGGGUCGAUGACACCGUCGACUUUAACGAUGCAUCCACCCUCUUCGAAGAGGCCCAGCAUCUCCUCUCUCGAGCCGAGCUCAAGAAAUUUUCGGGCGAAGAGAAGGCCCCGAGGCUCUUCUGUAGCCAAAAGGAGGAGGAGCUUAGGGAUCUUCGUGCUGAGUUGGCCAAAGCCCAAAAAAACGAGGCCGAGCUAGAUGAGCAGAUAACCGUGAUAUUAUUAGGGUACAACCUUCUUGGCCCUAUUUCGGAGGCUAACACUUUGAUAUCUCAGCUGCAGCAAAAGUUGGCCAAGAAGAUUGAGGAGUUAGAGGCAGAGCUCACUAGGGCCCAAGCCGAAGCCGUGCAGGCUAAGGCUAAAGCUGAGAAGACAAAGGCUGCGGCCGAUAAAUCCAUUACUAUGUACGUAAGGGACGUCGCGGCCGUUCAAGCUGAGUUGAGGGAGGCCUCCGACCGGGAAAAACAGAGCAAUGAGUUGGCCAAGUGCCAAGCCCGUAGGGAGACUCUCGAGGAAAUCCAUGCCCGAGGGUCCAACCUUGCCGAGGAGAUAGCCGAGGAUGUAGCGAGUGGCUCCGGGGACGUGGAAGGUGAAGAAGAUGUUCCCGAGGGAGAAGAGACUCCUGAAGAUAGAGCUGCCGAAGGUGCAGUUCCUGAGGAUGGCGCUCCCGGGGAUAUGACUUCGAAAAUAGAUUAG